AUGAUCCGACAACCCAGUAGUGUGAUCAUCGCGGGCCCGUCGGGCAGUGGCAAGAGCGAAUUGGUGGAACAAUGGUUACGGUACCUGAACGUCUUUCAAGUCAAACCCCGCAAGAUUGUGUAUGCUUAUGAUCGCUGGCAACCCCGAUUCGAUCGUAUGCAAAAAAAAGAUGGGAUUCAGUUUCAUCGCGGAUUACCGGACCCCCGUCAUUUGACGCAAUGGUUUGGUCGGACGCGCGGAGGGGUGUUGGUCUUGGACGACCUGAUGGAAGAAGGGGGACAAGACAAGCGCGUGUUGGAUUUGUUCACCAAAGAUUCGCAUCAUUGCAACAUCACGGUGCUGUAUUUGAUGCAAGAUUUAUUCCCGCCUGGCAAAUUUUCCAAGACCAUCAAUCGCAACGCGCAUUACAUUGUGGCGUUCAAAAACCCCCGGGAUCAAACAGGGAUACGGACGAUUUUAUUGCAAGCCUUUCCGGAUCGGUGGCGUCAAGUCUUGCGCCUAUUUAAACGCAUCACGUCCCGCCCCUUUGGCUAUUUGAUGUUGGAUGUGCAUCCUGCGUCGGAUGAUCGCUACCGCCUGUGGAGUCAUUUAACGCCUCGAGAAGGCAAGGCGCAAGUUCACACCUUGCGUGCGGAUGUCCCUGCCGUUCGACAACGCACUGCAACGAGAACUCGCCAGGGUCCGCCGGCAAAGAGAAGGCGGACAACAUACUGAGUUAGCAGCCCGCAUGGACACACCGACUCUCUCGCCCGCGGGGGUGGGUUCCCCCUCGGUCCUCCGGGAUCUCAGCAGCAUGACGGACAUGGUGACCGAAUUGUCUCGACCAGUGGAUCGUGCCCAAUUGGAGCAAGACAUUGACGAUUUCAAUUUGACCUACCCGGUCAAUGUAGACGAAGCCUUGAAUGCGUUCACGCUACCGCCCGUGGCGGGCACUGGCACCGCCCCCGCCACCACGGCACCACCACCCACCAUCACCACCACAGCCCCCAUCACCACCACGGCCACCCAAACCCGUCCUACCACGUCCACCCGAACACGCCCCACCACCACGACCAGUCGACCGCGACCCGUGACCUCCACUCGAACACGCCCUGCCACCACCGCCACGACCACCACAGCGCCUUCCCGCCCCUCCACUAGCCGCCGCAGCGCAGGGGCAGGGACCAGGACCACCACCUCGACAGUGACCACCCCCACCGGACGCCCCACCAUCGCCGCCAAACAACCGCGACGGCGCCCCAGGGUGCCCUCCCCACCGUCCCCCGAUUCGUCCCCUCCGUCCGAGGACGAGGAUGAAGAUGACGAUGACGAUCGACGACGGGGAUUAAGGCGACGGUUGGAUUUGCUCAAUGAAGAUGCUCAAGAACGGGCUCGAGGUAGACGGAUCCGUAACAUCACGCACACCAAUACAGUCACCACGGUCUACGAAGAGGGUGGUCGUCCCUCGGUGCGCCGCACGUCCACCCGAACCUCCAGCCCAAGUCCACCCAGACCACCACGCCGAGGACGGGGCCGUGGCCGUGGACGAGCACGUGGACGGGGCCGACGCUCGUGAAGAAAGGAUAUAAAAACAGUGUCGUUCCUCCAAUCGUCCUAGUACCAUGUGUGGCCAAUGUCGAAGCGCUAAGUGUGGCAAAUGUCGAGGUGCCAAACGCAAACGCACCAUGACUCGACGUCGACCACGUCGACGUAGGAUGAAGGGUGGGACGGCGCCGUUCAUCGUGGAUGUCAAAAAAGGCUUUGAGUUGUUGGCGGACAAGAAUAUGUGGAAGAUUCCUUCCAAAGCCGAAUUAAAGGCCGCCGAACGACAGGUGGCCGGUUACAAACGCCAGUAUCGCGCCAGUGGCAGCAAGGACUCGUACGACAAGUGGGUGGUCAAGAAGGGGUAUGCCAAACGACCCAGUGUGUGUUGCUUGAUGUGAAUGUAUAAAAAAAAGGAUCGCGGUGUUCAGCUCUCAAAAAGGAUUCGUCAUUGGACCCAAACGCAAACGCAAACGCACCACGACUCGACGUCGACCGCCCACCAAACGAUCACGACGCCAUGGUCAAGUGGGGGGUGUCGCGGUCAGCCUGCCUGUAGGGAUUCUCAAAGCCGGUUAUGGGAUCACCAAAGCCAUCGGGGAUCAUCAAACCCAGCGUGCCAUCAAAAUUGGCGAAAAACUGUCGACGAGAAGUGGCCUCAGGCAAACGGAAACGCUAUGCGGGGGAAUCGUUUAAUUGUUCGAUCAUGUGAAAACGUAUAAAAAGACCUGGGUGGACUUGGACAAGAGUUAGUUGAAAGAUGGUCCGUGGACCCAACGGUCGCCGACAUCGUUAUGUCCCCCGAAUACGACGCCGACGACGUGGAUUGCAACGUGGAAGCGUGCUCCCCAUGUUGGCAUUGGCUCUCUCGCCUGGGGCGUUCAAGAAGAAACGACAGGCGCGCCGACGCUAACGUGACCAAGAAACGAAAAGCCGUCACGUUUGCUUUGGACUGGGACGACCAGCAUGAAGCAGCCUUGUGUUCACGGUGUCGAAAUCACAUGCAAACGCAUUAUCAUGGCGAAUUGUGUGGCCGGUGUGGCGCCAUUUUUACCAUAAAUAGACCUUGGUCGUUGCCUGAACUUAAGAUUCAUCAUGGAGUGGCGCAUGGAACGUCAAGCCCCGUUCUUAAAAAGUAUCUUACAAGAAGCCAAUCAACACAAACGACAAGAAUUGUUGCGGAUGGCGAAUGCGGAUCAGAUCAAUGCUAUCAGUGAAUUGGUGAUGAACACCCUCCGUGGCACGGUGCCCCGUUCCCGACACACCAUCACGUUGCUCAAACCCCACGCCCAGAGUUUACGCGCCAUGGCCAAACCCGCCCAUUCUGUCAAACGACGACGCGCCAUCAUGAUGGCUCAAAAAGGGGGUGCCCUCUGGCCUGAACUCUACCGAUGUUAUAAACGUUGCAUGCGCUAGACAACAUCCCUCAGUUGCACCAUGGAACCCGAGAUGGUGAGCACCACAGUGGACAACGCCCCGGCUUUUUUACAAUUACGAGACCAGUACAAACAAGAAUUGGUGGAAGAUACCCGCUUGACCAAAGCCGCCGAUUUAGCGGCCAAACAACAUGUGCUCCUGACCAGCGAUGCCCCCGAUGCUUGGAAACGGCCUCAACUCAAAGCCGUGAGCCGUCAAUUACGCCAUUGGACGAAAAAAGUGCGCCAACCGUUUGGGGCUCCCACCGGGGGUGUGACUGCAGCAGGGGCCACGACCCCGGGCGACGAUGAUUUUGAGGCGGGUCCGAUGCAAGCGUGGUUCACGCAAUUGGUCAAGGCCACCCAGGGUAUAAAACAAGGCACCCCUACUCGUGGACCCAGAAAACCACCUGUCCCGCCCAAACCGAACAUCACUCCCAGUGCCAAAAAGAAACUCAAGUUCACGACCCCGUUGAGCAGUGAAGAAUUGGCGAAAGACCUGCCUUUUUCAGAUACGUACGGCCAAGAACCUUGGGAUACCCCCAGUGAACGUGUGGAAUCGAUCAAGAAAGCGGUCAAGCGCGGGAUUCGCAAAAAAGCUGCCGACGCUGCCAAAAAGAAAGCCGCCGGUGUGGCCAAGAAAGCCUUGGACUGGAAAUCGUGGAAAACCCCGUAA